UCUCGAGCGAUAUAUCGAUUCGUGCAUGUGGAAUAUCGAAUGGAUGAAAAGGUUCUUUCCGAUAAAAGGCUUGCGUUGAAACGUCAAGAUGUUGAUGCCAAAAAAGAAUCGUGUAGCAAUCUACGAAUAUCUCUUUAAAGAAGGAGUUAUGGUUGCAAAAAAGGAUUACCAUGCACCAAAACAUCCAGAAUUGGAAUCUAUUCCAAACCUUCAAGUUAUUAAAGCAAUGCAGUCUUUGAAAUCUAGGGGAUAUGUGAAGGAACAAUUUGCUUGGAGACAUUUUUAUUGGUACUUGACGAACGAAGGUAUUGAAUAUUUGCGCGGAUAUUUGCAUUUACCUCCAGAAAUUGUACCUUCAACCCUUAAGAGACAAACUAGGUCAGAAACAACAAGGCCGCGACCUGCAACAGGUGCAAGAAGUGAAGCAUCUAGGCCCACAGAAGAUCGUGCUGGAUAUAGACGAGGACCCGGAGGACCAGCUGGUCCUGGUGAUAAAACUGAUGUUGGUGCAGGUACAGGCGAUGUUGAAUUCCGCGGUGGUUUCGGCCGUGGUAAACCACAAUAAUAUUUUAAUGUAAAAUAAAUAAAUCUUUCCUAACAUAA